GUCUAGUCUAGUCUAGUCCAGUCGAAGUCAAGGAUUGUUCCUCCCUUUUCCCUAAAAUUUCCCUCCUGUCUUACCUAACAAAAGUAUCGACUUUUCCAUUUUAUUGUGGAUUGUGGGAGGAAGGGGGUUCGAUUCAUGCCAGAAUUCACCCAAAGUUGCCACUUGCCACCCUCCAUUUCCAUUUGGAUAAUGGGUGUGGACAACUCAUUCUGAUUUUCAUACUUAAACAUGGAUUACAAGCUGCAAGUUGUUGGGGUUCAACCUCACCUUCAACAGAUGGGAUCUCUACAUGAUCAACCCAUACAUGAGUUUGAUGAUCACGCCCUCUUUCCCCUGGAAACGGAUGGUCAAAAGACACAGUCUCUCAAUGUAGUUGAACUUUCUACGACUUUUGCAGUUGGUGGUAGUAAAAUCUUGAAGAAUGGGUUAUACAGGAGCAUAAAGACUGUAGUUUUCUCAAACAAACUCAACUUGCUUAUGCCCUUUGGGCCUCUGGCAAUUCUUGUCCAUAAAUUCACCGGUCAUAAUGGUUGGGUCUUCUUUCUAUGUUUAUUGGGCAUAACACCUUUGGCUGAACGUUUGGGUUAUGCCACAGAGCAGCUGGCUUUUUACACCGGGCCUACUGUUGGAGGUCUGCUAAAUGCUACAUUUGGAAAUGCAACGGAACUGAUUAUAUCAAUUUAUGCACUGAAAAAUGGAAUGACACGCGUUGUGCAGCUAUCACUGUUAGGCUCAAUUUUGUCAAACAUGUUGCUGGUUCUCGGAUGUGCUUUCCUCUGUGGUGGGCUUGUUUUUCAUGGAAAGGAACAAGUUUUUGACAAGGCAACAGCUGUUGUGAAUGCAGGACUGCUGUUGAUGGCAGUCAUGGGUUUACUCUUUCCAGCAGUACUUCAUUAUACGCGCACUGAGGUGCACUUUGGGAAGUCAGAGUUGGCUCUUUCAAGAUUUAGCAGUUGUAUCAUGCUUGUGGCCUAUGUCACCUAUCUUGUUUUCCAGUUAAAGAGACAAAGAGAUAUCUAUGUUCACAUUAAUGAGGAAGUAAGUGAGAAUGGGGAGAAUGUGGAUAAUGAUGACAACAACGAUGAGGCACCUGAGAUAUCUAAAUGGGAAUCAGUGAUUUGGCUUGCAAUUAUGACAGCUUGGAUAUCUAUCCUAUCAGAAUAUCUGGUUGAUGCCAUAGAGGGAGCAUCUGAUGCAUAUGAUAUACCAAUUGCCUUUAUUAGCGUUAUCUUGCUCCCAAUUGUUGGGAAUGCUGCAGAGCAUGCAAGUGCUAUCAUGUUUGCCAUGAAAGACAAGCUUGACAUAUCUUUGGGAGUGGCAAUAGGGUCCUCAACUCAGAUAUCUAUGUUUGGGAUUCCUGUUUCUGUGGUCAUCGGGUGGAUGAUGGGACGUGAAAUGGACUUGAAUUUUCAACUUUUUGAGACAGCAACUCUCUUCAUAACAGUCAUUGUAGUAGCCUUCUUUCUGCAGGAAGGUACUUCAAAUUACUUCAAAGGUCUAAUGCUUAUUCUUUGCUACCUGAUAGUUGCUGCAAGUUUCUUUGUACAUGAAGAUCCACCCUCACCUGAUGACAGUCAACCGGGAACCUAAUCACCAGACAGUCAAUUGAUGGAGUGGAAUUUUUGAACUUGAAAUAAGGAAAAGAAAAAUAAAUUAAAAAAAAAAAACACUAUGGUGGACGUGAUACUGUAUAUAUUUUCGUUCCUAGAUUUUUUUCAUUUUUGGGGUAAUAAAAUAAUACUUUCAUUACUAGACUAGAUGAUCUAAAAUUUUCAAAGCCUGUGUCUGCGUGGACUUGCUUUGUCUGAAUUGAUGAAAGGUAAAAUCCCAAUUUGGUACCU